GUCCACAAAAAUAAACAAUAAUAAACAAGAGUCUGCUUCUAGACCUGCAGAAAGAGACAAGAAAAAAAAGCAAAGGAACAAAAAAAAAAAGGGACACAACAACAAUACAACAAGAUCAAGCUAUCACUGUGUCAACUUGAUGAUGAAAUAUAAAAUCAACAUUGUUUUACUGAACAAUCACACGAUAAUAAAUCGCAGUGCAUUAAGUGCCCACCAUGGCCUUAAGACCUGUGUUUAACGUGCCCAAGCCCAUACUUUUGAGAGCACCAUGUGAGCACCUGUGUGUGUACACGCGCUUGUUUAUGUAAGGUUUCUCUAUAGGAGUAAAUGGUGAUAUUGAUGUUAGGCCAUAUCGCCCAGCCCUAUGUCUUGGUAUGAGCAAAUGCAAAUAAUUUGAAUGUUUGGUUAUAUUUUCUAAAGUUAGUGACUGAUUGUGAACACAGAUUGACUGUGAGAGUUUGGACUUUUAAACUGAUAUCAGUAUGUAAAAUAGCAGUGUGUUAACUAAAGUAGAGAAUCACUUCUGUUUUAGUUUUGUUGUAUUGCAAUUAAAGCAAAGCAGGUGGCAUAACGCCUAAGUCACACCCAUCUACUUCUGGACCACGGGUUCACAGAGGAACAAAAAAAUGAAUGCAAGUCAACGGGGCUAAAAACGCUAUUGUCUAACUCCGCUUGUUUUGUGCCAUGGAUUUCACAUAUGAUGUCUGUGAAUUUUAAAGACGCAUUUUGAUAAUAAGAUGGCCGUUUGUUCAGUGACAGAGAGGGAAAACAAAUGCCCCCUGGGGGGAGUGGUACCUGGGAGGAUAUCAAUGGCACAUUCAUAUGGGCAAUGUGGAGGCAGCAUGGUGGCUCAGUGUUUAAUGAAAGCCAUUUUCAGGUCAUGGUAAUCUGGGGGAACUUUGGAGAGGUGAGGAUAGGUUUCUUGGAAGUUCUACAUAGAGUACAUGAUGAUGCAUUGGAAAAACAUUUAGACAGACGUUGGUCAGACCAACUUAAAAUCUCCCCCUUACACUAGUCGAGAUGUGGGUUGUGGGUUCAGAGCCAGGGAAUCCCCAAAAUGAUUGGGAUAUCAGGGGAAUUGAUGAGCAGGAAGCAGAGAUUUUCAAUAUGUUUGCCUCCUAGUCUCAUGCUCACUGGUUCCGUUUCAUGGGUGACAUGGGGUGACCGUCUAUGGCCUGUACUUCCUGUGUUUUGGAAAUGGGGUGUAAACUCAACCCAAUAGACUUGGCAAUAUCAGUGUCCAUAAAUUCUGUGUGUGCCCCUGAAUCAAUGAAGACAGGACACUGAUGUUCCUGGUUUGAGUGAGAGAACAUAGCAUUGGUGAAAGGACAUAUAGGAGUUCUGGGGAUGAUAUGGCGCAGUAGAGACCUCCUAACUUCUUUUUUUUUAGCUGCUUGAUGCCUGUGCACUCAUGUGCAAAGACUUGGUUUAGUGGAUCUUUCUCCAACUAAAAUAUGUGAAAAUGUGUUAAGAAGGAAGCUAAUGCAUUACCAGAGGCAGACAGAUUUUCUGUGAGUUCUGAAGAAUCCUAAAACAGUAGGUGUGCUCCAGGGGAGGUGGUUGUGCUGCAUUCAGUUGUUGGCGGCCCACUCCACUCAAACAUCCUUGACAGAGGGUCGAGCAGACUGCAGCAACCACAGACAUAUACAAAGACUCCCUGUGGACUGGCGCUGCCUAUUGGAGCUGCCGUAGUAGUUGGCUGCCAUCUUGGAUGGGUCUCCAUUUGCCCCCAGUGCAUUCACAGUAUUUCUAAUGAGGAAUGUGUUUAUCCAACUAAAAAACACAUUUUAUUAUGCUUUUUCACAAAAUCAAGCAUAUGGCAUGGCUGUGUUGAAAAAAUCGAUUCUCUGAUUCUGAAUCGAUUCAUAUAUAAAUUCAUAAAGAUCGAGUCAUACGUCCAAAGAUCGAUUUAACCAUUUAACAGUGUCUGGCUCUUGUACAGCUAAAAUAUAAAAGAAGUUCAGAGGCGUGGGUGAUGAUAAAGGGUUAAUAUGGUGCAGCGACCUUCUCCCGCCCACCGUCAUGUGACUGAAUUAACGCAUGCGUGCUAGGUGUGAAGAUAUUUUUUUAAAAUGGCGUCGGAUACUAGCAGCGACGUUAGCCAUGCGCUCGAUUUGAAAACACCAAAAACUCUUAAAGCUUCGGUCUGGCAGCAUUUUGGUUUCAGAACGGACAAAGAGAAAGGUCAGCUUGACAAAAGCAAAGUGAUUUGCAAGGCAUGCCAAAUGGAGGUGAAAUAUUGCGGAAAUACAACCAAUCUCAACAAUCGCAUUUUGCGACAUCACCAAGAUCUUGCGUGCAAGCCGUCCGCUGGUCUGCAGCAGAUGAAAUUCAAGGAAUCACUACAACUACCGGCUAAUUCUACACGUUCUCACAAAAAAACUGAGGUGAUAGCGGGCUUCAUUUGCAAGAAUAUGCGCCCAUAUUCUGUCGUUGAAAACGAGGGCUUCAAGCGGCUAAUGAAAGUAGUGGAGCCAAUGAAAAAAGCUACUGAAGUCAUGUCAGAAGAAAAGUCACCAACUCUCUCAGUGAUGGCACUCCUGCAUGCUCUGCUGCUGAAGGAGAUGACCAGCCUCCCAGAAGACUCCAAAGUUGUUAAGGAUAUGAAGAAUGAGAUCAAGAAAAACCUGAGCACAAGACGGCCAUGCUGCAUGCCGCCUCAGCUGUUGAUCCACGCUUCAAAGCCCUGCCAUUUCUGGGUGAGGAGGAGCGAGAGCACACCUUCUCCAGGCUGAGGCAGUGGGUGGGAUGGAGGAAGAAGCAUCUAAUCAAGAUGAAGUUGAUGAAAUGGAGGAAGAGGAGGAAAACAACCCCCCUGCACCUAACCCCAAGCAAUCCAGUGCUUUGGAGUCUCUCCUUGGGGAAGCCUACAUACCAAGAGAGGAGAGGGGACAUGCAAAGAAAACUCUUGCAGAGGUGGCAGAAGAUGAGAUCAAGAGGUACAGGGCGAGGAGACCUGCAGGACAAUCCUCUGGUCUGGUGGAGAGAGAAGAUGAAAA